AUGUCUCAAGAACUUGAAAUCAAAAAUCAUGACACUGCUAUCCUAUUAGAAUUUCCCUUUUUAAAGUCUUGUUAUGCCGACUGUGAGAAUUUAAAAUCUUUAAAUCCGGAGAGGAGUGAAAAUUAUUUUGAGAGAAUUGUUGAAUUGUUGCGGUUGGGUAAUUUAGUGAGAAGGACCUAUGUGGUGGAGAGUGAGAAAUUGAGGGCUGAUUUUAAGAUUGUUCAGGAAGAGUUUGUAAAAUUGAGAAUGGAAAAGAUUGAACAAAUUAAUAAGAAAUUACAAAAUGAUGAUCAAAAUGAUGAUAAUAGUUCUUGUUUGAAUAUUGAUGAGUUUUUGAGGGAAUUGAGAGAGUUCAAGACUAUUAUUAUUGAAAAUCAGGGAAAGAUCAAUGAUUUGGAGGAAAAUCCGAAAAUGAUUGAAUCUGCAAAAUUGAAUGAAAAGUUUGUUAGAGAAUUGGAUGAAUUAUCGAAUGAAUUGAAGAGUGCGAAUAUUAAUUUACCAUGGCAAGUUACUUAUAGUAGUUCAUUUGAUUCGGGAAACGGAGGAGGUACUGUUGAAUUCAACUCUGGGAAAAUUACUGAUCGAUUUGGAGAUAAUUUAUGGGAGGAUCGAUGUGGAGUUUGCGAUUGGGUCAUUCAAUCAGGUGGUCUUGGAGAGGGAAAUCCUAGAUAUCGGUGCAUCUCUUCAAAUGAUAAGAAUUCUGUCAAGUGUGAACAUUGUUAUGGUUGGAUGAAAACAAUUGAACAAGUUUGUUUCAAAAAGCAAAUAGAGUUUGAUAUUAAUACUGACACAAUCAAAUUAGAAGAAAAUGACAGAGAUUUAUACGAAAAGAUCAAAAUAUUGGAUCCUUUCUUUGGUUAUCCAUAUAUAUUGGAGAACAAUGAUGUAGUAUUCAUGAAAUUGAAUAUUUUGAAUUCUCCUAAUCUUCACACUUUUGUCAAUAACAUGUUUAGAACCUAUAAUGACAGACCUUGUGUUGGAGUUAGACAUGGAAACACAUUCAAGUAUAGAACCUACUCUGAUGUUAGGGAGGAAUUGUUCUAUUGUUCACUUGGAUUUUCAGGGUUAUUAUCAGGAAAUCAGAAUGAAGUAAUGAUUGGUAUUUCAACAAAUGAGAAUAGAUUUGAAUAUACCCUUGUUGAUUUGAUGUGUUCAUGGAAUGGAUUUACCACAGUUGGGCUUCAACCUUCUAGAUCCACUCCAGAAUUGAACUCAAUUAUUGAUACUUCUGGUAUGCAAGUAAUUGUUUGUGAGGGAAUACUCAUUAGAAAGUUUUUAGACGUUUUACUUGAAAAGAAGGGAACACAAUUCACUCUUGUUUCUAUGGACUCAACAAGUGUGAAAGAAAAUGGAUCUAAUGUAAACAUUAUUACUUUGGAGUCCUUAAUCAAGAAGGGAAAGGAAAUGCACAAAUCAAACUCACAAGCUCAAACACUCAUGGGAAUUAGAUAUGAUACUCCAAUUGUUGUUGAAGAGGACUCUCCCAAAUAUGCUGUUGCAGGUAAUGGACAAGUUAUCAACAAGAAAUCAGAUGAUUCCAAUAGUGAACUUCUCUACAUGAACACAGAUUCAAAGUGUGGUGCUCUUAUAUUCACUUCUGGAUCAACUUCAAAAGCUAAAGGAUGCAUUAUUGAGAACAAUCAUUGGAUUAUUGAUAUCAAGAAGCAAAUUUCUCAUGACAGAUUGGUAGUUGAGGCUUCAUUUAGUCCACAAUCUCUUGGGGCUGACAGAGUGCUUGUUUAUGGAACUCUUAUGAGAGGAGGUAGAUUAGCAUAUUGUAGAAGGGGAGUCAAUUUAUUUGAGGAUUUGCCAAUUGUUAAUCCUACUGGACUAGUAUUGGCUCCUUCCAUAGUUAACUCGCUAUAUAACGAAUAUUUGAUGGAUUUGAAAUCGUCAAAUAUUCCUCACAGUGAAAUUGUUCAAAAGUAUAGAAGACUUUUUGGAAAAAGAAUUUCACUUAUUGGAAUUGGUGGUGCCCAUGUUUCAACAGAAUUAAUGAACUUUUUGAAAGACACUCUUGGAUUAGCGACUAUUGAGGGAUUUGGCUGUUCUGAAUGUGGAGGUAUAGCAACCAAUGGUAUAAUUCAUUCAGAUGUUCAAUUUAAACUUCUUGAUGUUCCUGAAAUGAAUUUCUUCAGCACUGAUUUACCUCUUCCAAGAGGUGAAUUAGCAGUUAAGACAAGUUAUACUAUUCAAGGAUACUAUAAGAAUGAACAAGAAUCUAAUGAAAAUUUCACCUCUGAUGGAUAUUAUAAAACUGGAGACAUAGUGGUAUUAGAUCCAUCCAAUAAUUCAAUCAAGAUAAUUGACAGAAGAAAGAACAUUUUCAAGUUGGCUAUUUCUGAAUUUGUUAGUCCUUCACAGCUAGAAGGUCUAUUUGAACAAAUUGAUCUCAUCGAGAAUUGUUGUAUUUAUGGAGACAGUAGCAGAGAUUAUAUCAUUGCAAUUGUGCGUACAGUUUCUCAAGAUGUGGAAUCAAAACAAAUCUUGAAAUCUAUGAGGAAUUUAGGAAAAAUUCAUGGACUCAGACAUUUUGAAAUUCCAAGGGAGAUCAUUAUAGACACAGACGAUUGGACUAUUGAAAAUAAUAUGCUAACACCUAGUGGAAAAGUUUCCAGAUUCAAUAUUUAUAAGAAACAUACUCAAAACAUAGAAAAUGCCUAUGCAGAUUUCUCAUCAGAUCUCACUGAUUACGCAGAUGCGAAUAUUGAGACAAAUUUUGUAAACAUGUGCAAAAAUAUUCUGGAAGUAACAGAGUUAGAUAUGAGCAAAAGUUUUACAGAAAUGGGAGGAACAUCAAUUAAAGCUGUUCGAUUACUCUUUUCUAUUCAGCGAGUAUUUUCAAUUACAGAGAAUAUUCCAAUUAAUUUGUUAAUUCACGAACCAUUGUCCUCUGUAUGCAAUCUGAUUUCACUCGGAUCUGGAAAGAAAAUUGUCAAUCAUCUAAUAUCUCAACAACAGAAAGGACUAUUGGAGGAAGUUGAAGAGGAUUUACGUUUCACUGAACCUUUGAUAUUCUCUGAUAAGAAGGAAACCAAUGAUAAGGAACAUAUUGCCCUCAUUACUGGUGGAACAGGUUUUGUUGGAAGUCAUCUCGUUGCAGAGUUAGCCAAACAAGGAAAAUUCUCUAAAUUAAUUUGUUUGGUCAGAGCAGAAUCUGACAAUGAGGCAACUGAUAGACUAACCAAAGUAUUUGAAACUUACAAACUCUUAUUUGAUUCCAACAAAAUAACUGUAUUGGCUGGUGACGUUUCAAAAGAAAACUUUGGAUUGGAUUCAAAUAGUUAUGAAACAUUACUGAAUAGUGUAACAUCAAUUUAUCAUAUUGCUGCUAGAGUUGAAUUUUCUCAAAGCUAUUCAAUUCUAAAGGGCUCAAAUGUUAAUUCUAUGAAAAUACUUUUGAAGUUUAUUUCCACGGCCAAACACUCUGUAUUUUUACAUCAUGCCUCUACAAUUAGUGUUUAUGGAGAUAAUUUAUCACAAAAUCCAACUCUCUACGAAAAAGACUCAAUUGGAGAAACGUUUUUACAAAGUGGAGUAAAAUCCUCAGAUGGUUACUCUCAAACCAAAUGGGUUGCUGAAAAAUUAUUACAAAAUUGCAAGGAAAAGUUUGGAUUUAAAAAGUUCAAGAUAUACAGAUUAGGUCUUUCUAGUUGGUCCUCAUCAGGUAUUGCUAAUCCAAACGACUGGUUUACCAAGUUCAUUCAAUCCAUUCAUCAACUCAAAUCCUACCCAGCCACCAAUGAGAAUGUGAGUUUAGUUCCAGUGGAUUAUAUCUGCAAAUCAAUUAUUGAAAUAUCUCACUCUGAAAUACCUCAUCAAAUUUAUCAUAUUGUCAAUAAUUCAAAUCCAAUUCCAUUCAAAUUAUUCAUUCAAUAUUUGGAAGAAUCUCUCAAUGAAAACUUGAGGAAAAUGAAUUAUUCUGAAUGGAUUGAUUCAAUUAAUGAUAGAAUUUCAAUUUAUCCACUUCUUCCUUACAUUAAAUCUUCAUUCCCACCAACUCCCAAAUAUGACAAUUCCAAUUCUCAAUCCAUCUCAACCAAAUGUCCACCAAUUGACCAAUCCUAUGUAAAAUACUUCCAAACACUUCAAAAUAUCUAA